AUGCCUAAACAAAUUAGGCAACUGUUUUUCAUUAUAUUGACUUUAUGUGAACCUGAUGAUCCUUUACACCUUUGGAAUACAUUUAAAGAUUAUAUGAUUGAGGAUUACAUACACCAUUCAAUGUCAGUUGUACUUGCUGAACAGACUGCUCUUCGUCAAAUUGAAUCUAUAAUUAAUCAGAGUGGUAAAACUUUAACUGAUUAUAAUUUGCCUACAUUAGAUCAGUUAUUAGAUAAUGUCCUAGAAAAUGAUGAUGGAGAUAUUCAGGUAUUUAUUGAUGAAGCAAAUCGAGUUAGACCAUUAUUAAACGAUAAUCAGCGUAAUGUAGCUGAUGCAAUCCUUGCUGCACUUAGUGAAGAACCUAAUAAUGAAAAUAAGCAUUCAAGAUUUUUCUUUAUGGAUGGGCCUGCCGGUUGUGGUAAAACAUUUACUUACAAUUAUUUAAUUGCUGAAACACGCAGCAGGCAUAUUAGAACUGCAACAGCUGCAUGGACAAGAAUAGCUGCAACUCUUCUUAAGAAUGGAUGCACAUUGCACGGCUUAUUCAAACUUCCUGUUCCAAUUUUGGAAACUAGCACAUGUAAUGUAACUCCAAACUCCAUUCAUGGUAGAUUACUGAGACAAGUUAUUUUAUAUUUACUCGAUAAAGCAUCUAUGAUACCCAAACAUGCUUUGAGUGCCAUUGAUAAGUUAUUACAAGAUAUUUGUAAUAAUAAGUUUCCUUUUGGUGGUAAAGUUAUUCUUAUGGGUGGAGAUUUUCGACAAAUACUUCCAGUUGUGAAGAGAGGUCGACCAGCAGAUGUUGUAGAAUCAUGUAUAAAGUGUUCUGAACAUUGGCUAUAUGUGCAAAGGUUUUCAUUAACUGAAAAUAUGAGGGUUCAGAUAGGAGAAGAGGAAUUUUCUCAAUGGCUUUUAAAGCUUGGAAGUGGAACAUUACCUGUCAAGCCUGAAGAUCCUUUGCAAGGGUGUAUUGAAAUACCUGAGCAGUGUUUUCUCAAUGAUAAUGAAUCUAUUGUGGAAAAGAUUUUUGGUGGUGCAGAAGAAGCUGAUUAUGCAAAACGUGCUAUUUUAACACCAACAAAUGUUGAUUCAUUGGCAAUAAAUGAAGAAGUCCUUCAUCGAUUACCGAGUGAUUUGAGUUUUUAA